AUGUUCCGUGUUGACGUUGGUGGCAUUGGUGGGUUGUAAUUUUACAUGUAUUUUCCCUGUUCUCAUGCAUUUUGGUUUUGAAUUUUCAGCUGAAUAAGAUAAGUGAUAAUUAAAAAACCAGUUAUAGGGAAAGCAGGGUAAUUGUCCCGUACAUUUGGUAGAGUAUAUUUAUUUUUAUACCAUGAAUUCGCGUGCUGGAAUGAAGGUCGAGGUGGAUGAUACACCUAAAACCAGUAUCGAAAUGAAUAGCAAUGAUGAAGAGGAUGAUCAAAUGAAAAGUAACGUUCCGACAGAAGUCUUAUUUAAAAAGGAAAUUAUGGAAUCGGAUUGUUAUACAACGUCCGAAGAGAUGAACAGUUUUGAAGAUAGCAAAAAGACUAAGGCUGUUUCACGGGGAUUACCAAAAACAAUCACAGGGCGAAGGCGCCAUACGUACUAUUUCCAGCUUGAUUUUACUCCAACCAAGGCAAGUUCUGGAAAAGUGACGGCCACUUGUAAUGUGUGCAGUAAAACUAUAAAAAACACAUCAAUAGAUAGACUUCGUGUUCACAGAAACGUUUGUAGCAACGGUGUUAAAAAGAAUAACAAUUCUAUAAAUUUGAACGGGACGGAUGAGAAUGAAUUGUGGAAAUCAUUUAGCGAUUCUACUAAUAAUAUCGAAUUCUAUAAGGCGGAUUCUGAAGAUGAAACUUCUUCACUUGUUGUAGAAGUGGACCCGUUGUCCAGUUUUAAGAAUUUGGCUGACGCACCAUCAACUUCAUCUCGUAAAAUGCCACCAAUCAAAAUCAAGGAGAAACCUGCGAAAAGACAUAAAAACAAUCUGUAUAAAAAAUCGGAUCCCCUUAUUAAUAAAAAUAUCUCUCAAGAUAAAUCCAAACUAGAUAUCAGUUUAGCAAAAUUCUUUUACGGUUGUAACAUACCUUUUGACGUUGUGGAAAAUAGCUACUUCAAAAAUUUUGUAAAAUCCUUAUGUCCGUCUUAUUAUCCACCAACAAAAGCUGCCCUAUCUAGUAUUUUACUGGACAAAGUAAAAAAGGAAAUACAAACCAGUAACAAAGAAUAUAUAGGAAACAGCUCGACGUUGUCAAUUGAUAGUUGGAGUGAUGAUUCAAAGAAAAUAAAAAAUGUCGUGACCAUGUUGCACUCUAUUGGGACAGAGAAUAUUUUCUUGAAAUGUCAGGAGUUUCCUGCUCUAGAAGUAGCCGACGAAGUUUUGGCAGAUAUAUGUAAAAAAUCAAUUUCAGACGCUAAAUCGCAGUAUAAAUGCGAAAUUUACGCGAUAGUUAGCGACAAUGCCGCUAACAUCAGGAAAUAUCUUCCAGACCUGUGGCAUAUCCCUUGUAGCAGCCAUGUAGCUCAUUUACUGGUUAAAGAUAUAAUAAACACUGAAGUUUUAGAUCAAGUUAAUUGCAUACUAAAAGAGUUCCAAAGUUUAGAUUUGCUAAAUCUAAUUUCAGACAAUGAAGACUCUAAAUUACAGUUACUGGCCGAAAACCGGUGGCGCGGUCACAUCAACGCUUGUAAGUCUUUCUUAAGUAAUUUACCUUUAAUGAAACAAAUAGCUUCUGACGGUUCUAUAAUUCCAGAGCAUAUUACUCUGAGUUUAUCCACUAACGACUUUCUAGAGGAUGUUCAAAUUACAUUUGAUUUAUUAAAGUUUAUUGUUGAGUUCAUAAAUAAAUUUGAAAACGAAGAAUUCUCGAUAGCCGAGGCUUCAGAAGAAUGGCUUAACUUGGAAACUAAAAUAAGAUAUCUUCGAGGAUAUAACAUCGAAAUGCAAACGGCUAUUAGAAAAAGGGUGAAUAUGGUUGUAACAGUGUACGGAUCAGCAGCAAAUUUGUUUCAUCCAGCUUACAGAGGACGUUUACUUAAUAAGAAACAAUUAAAGCAGGUGCAGGACUUCGUUAUCGAAUCUUUGGAUACGGAAGGCUUGAAUGCAUAUAGCGAAUUUCAUGAGAAUACUGGAAUUUUUCAAAAUCUUAUGAAGAAAAAUAUAACGAAACCCACGACGUUUUGGGGACUGGUUGAUUUGAAACAUCCUUCUUUGACGGCUUUAGCGGUGAAGCUUUUAAAGAUCCCUGCGUCUUCUACGGGGUAUUUUACCUCUUCUUGUAUAGAUUCGUCGUUGAGAGACGGAUUAGCUCCAGAAAAAUGCGAAAAAUUAAAGUUCGUUUACCACACGUUAAAAAGGCUGGACAAUAUCAAAUCUGACCAGUAUUAAUAUAUUACCUAUAUAAAGACCUAUAGAAAUUAAUGUAUAUAUAUUUUAAAUCUAUAUAAAUGUUUCAUAAAUUAGAAUUACAAAGCGAUAUUUUAU